ACCAAGACCAACAUGUACCAGUCUGCUUACUGCAAUGCUGCGCUGCUGUGGCCAUUCAUCUCUUGGUGAAACGUGGCACAGAGGAGCUACUUGCUACACUUGGGGAUUGUUUCUCACAGUCCUUUACUGCUAACCCAGAUGAAGACGGUGAACUCGGCAGUGUUGCUAUGCCUUUUAACGAUGGCAAUUGGCAAAGUUGAAACGAUGGAUCCCUUUUGGACUGCAAGUGACGAAUACAGCAUGAAUGACAUCGAUGAUGACAACGAUAUCACUAACUCAACGGACAAUCCUAUUGAAAACAUUGCCCAAAAUCUGACUGAAAUUAUGAAAAUGAUCAGGGGCACCUAUGAUUGUCUUAUGAAAAGAAUUAAUUUGCUAAAGUUUGAAUUAAAACUUUUGUAUGAAAAUGUCACUAAAGCUCGAGAUCGAAUAAUCAUGCUUGAUUGUUCAGACAUGAUGGAAAGCAAUAAUGGUUCAACAUACUAUACAUUUUACAUGGAUAUAGACGAUAAGAAUCCAAUUAGAAUAUACUGCGAUUUUGACACCGAAGGAGGAGGAUGGACCGUGAUUCAGGUACGCCGACCAACAGUUGAAAAGUUGACGUUCGACAGAAAAUGGAGUGAGUACUACAAAGGGUUUGGCUCCCCUGACACAAAUCAAUUCGUGGGGAUAUUAAAUAUAUAUAAGUGGAUGCUGUCACGAAUGUACGAAUUACGAAUCAAUGUUCGGGAUCAGGAGGGAAAAACAGGCUACGCUAAAUACGAACGUUUUCAUUUAGAAGGUGAACAUUGCGGAUACAGAAUGAUGCAAUUCGUUUAUUCUGGAACAGCGGGAGAUUCUCUUGAAUUUGCAAUAAGUUCACAAACUGAAGAAACUGGAGAAGAAAUAUCCAUCCAUCACGGCAUGAAGUUUAGCACCAGCGAUCGUGACUCUACCGCAUCCAAUUGCUCCCAAAAGUACAAGAGUGGAUGGUGGUUUAGCGAUGACUGCGGAAAGUCCAACUUGAACGGACCUUACUUGGACUACGGUCAACAUCAGGAUGGCAGGAAGGGAAUCUGUGUUGCUCUGCGUUUUCAUGCCCUGCGAUAUCAGUAUAUUCAUCGCUGCCGCAAGACAAGACAUGACUAUGCUGUGUAUCAGCAACAAAAAUCCUUCAGAGACUUCCAGACGGGCAACGAGAACUUGAAAGAAUAA